AUGUUUCACACAUUUGAAGGGUUCGAGAACCCAACAGCAACAACGGCGGUCCGUAACCGGGCCACCAGUGAGAGACGCGAGUCCAUCAGCCGUCGCGUUACCACUCUACGCGCCUGUACCUCAUGUCGACACCGAAAGAUUAAGUGCGAUGGCGAGAAACCGUGUGAAGCAUGUCGAUGGUAUAAAAAAUCAGAUCAAUGUCACUACUCAGACCCCCGGCCGUCCCGAAGGCACGUAGAGAAAUUAUCUACCACAUUAGAGGAGUACAGGAGCAUUCUGGGGAGGCUUUUUCCAGAUCUGCCACCGGAGUCAUUGAUAAAUCUACCAAGAGAGAAACUGCUCGAGCUCACGACCGCUUCGGCAAGUUCCCAGAUUCAACACCUCGCUCAUCAUGCGGAAUCGCCAGCAACAUCGGUUUCGUUGGAAGCUCAUCUGUCACCAUUGUCAAAUGAAGACGACAAUCUGGAGUCACUGCAGACGAUGCCAGAAGAGGUACCGGACAGCCGCAACACCAGCUCAACGGACUUGGUAGAAGGAGUUUCCGACGAUGUGAAUGGAUUGUCACUGACCGUACGACAACCCUCUUCAUACUUGGGCGUCUCUUCGAUACAGGCUGUCAUCAAAGUUAUUGUCUGGCUUGACCCGGGCUGCGCAUCAUACUUUUCACGAACCCCAGAGGCUGAGCAGGAGACCCAGGCAGGGUGGUCGUCGCAUCAUGCGCCUAUCACGCCCCCACAGCCAUGUAUUCCGCCGUCAGAGAUGCAGAUGCUGGAUGCCUAUUUCCUCUACUUCCAAGCGUUCGCCCCGAUGAUUGAUGAAAAAUCAUUCCGUGAAACUUAUUGUGCCGGCCGCCGCCGAGAUGGCCAUUGGCUCGCACUGCUAAAUAUUGUUCUCGCCUUGGGAAGUAUUGCAGCCACAGGCCCCGACGACAUGACACAUCAGACCUACUUCCUCCGCUGUAAGACCCAUCUGAGUAUCAGCUCACUGGGAAGCUCUCAUAUCGAGAUUGUUCAAGCACUGGGCCUCGUUGGUGGCUGGUACUGCCACUACAUCAGCCAACCCAAUUUGGCCUACUCUCUGAUGGGAGCCGCGCUACGCAUGGCAGCUGCCUUGGGUCUCCACAAGGAAUUCUCAGAUACCAGACAGCUACCGAGCCCGGCCAAGCUCGCCUCCAUGGAUCUCAAACGCCGUGUAUGGUGGUCUCUGUUCUGCAUGGAUACCUGGGCCGGCAUGACACUGGGUCGACCUAGUAUGGGGCGCAUAGGCUCAACCAUUACUGAAAACGUUCUCGAGAUUCUACCGCUGGUUGAGAAUAUCCGCUUCGCCAAGAUCGCAACACAGGUGCAAGAAUCUUUGGCAGCCGCACCACUAGUCAAGCAUCAAGAAAUGGCACACGCUGACGCCCAGCUGCUUGAAUGGUGGGAGAACCUCCCAUCGGUUUUGAAAAACCACGAGCCUUGCUCAGAAUCAAUCAAUACCGUCCGAACAGUCAUGCGCUGGCGCUACUAUAAUCAACGGAUUCUGCUGUAUCGGCCCACCCUGCUGAAUUAUGCCAUGCGCCGCGUUCCUUAUAUUGCUUUACGCUCUGAAGAGCGCACCGCAAUCGAGAGAUGUCGCGAGGUGGCUCAGCAGUCCAUCGAGAAUAUUGCUGCCACGGCCCAGCUCAACCAACUGUGUGGCUGGAACGCUGUAUGGUGGACUUUCCAAGCCUCCCUGGUCCCCUUGGUCGGUCUUUUCCUUAAUGACCCAACAGCCGACGACCCACGAGCCUCCAUUGAAUCAUGCCAGGCACAGGUCGAGAUGGCCAUGAUGACGCUAGCCCGUAUGCAGUCUUUCGGACAUACAGCCAAGCGCUCUUUGGAUGCAAUCUCUCGUAUCUACGAGGCCAGCAAGCGAGGGCAGGGCCUCACUGAGCCCCAAUCUUCUGUCCCUCAGCUAGAUGGAUCUUUCUCUUCCGGUCGAGAUUUAUCCUUCUUGUUCUCAUCUCCUUCGGAUCCGGGUCAUUUCCUCAAUCCACUCACCACCCCUUUCACGGAUGACUCGGGAGGACAGUAUCUUUGGGAGUAUCUGAGUUGGAGUGACAACAAUCUGUGGCCUGGAAUUGUCGCAGAAUUGACACCCGAUCAUGAGGCGAAAUAUGGAGAUCAACCUACCUAUUUUGAGCCCAUGCCAGAAUCCUAUUAUUGA